AUAGUCUUUUUUCAUCUGUUGAUUGUAUCGGAGUAUCUCUCUUUCUUUUUAAUCUGCUGGAGUGGAGAAGUCUUGGAAUUUACUGAAGCUUCAGUCCAACAGUUGACCAGGUUCUUGUUUAUCCUCAUUUCUUCCUCUCUCUCUCUUAGAUUUUUCUUUGUUAAAAACCAUUUGCUCCAAAGCUUGUAUCUCUGAUCUACUCUGCCUGCCGCCUGCCCAAGUUGGUUUCUUUAUUACUUCUCAGUUUUAGUAUCUUCUCCGAGUUCAAUCUGGUUUUGAUUUGUCUAUUUCCUGUUUUCAAAAAAGCUACUUUUCUUCGCGUCUUCGCUUUCUCAUUCCUGAAUAUUGAUCCAGGAUCAGAAAACUGACUGUUCUCUUAUCUGGGUAUUCCUUCUCUUUACUAAUUUUGGGAAUUUUUAUUGUUAUUCUUCAAAAUUCAGUAUCAUAUUCUUCUUUUCUUUUCUGGGUUUCACCUGAAUUAGCUUCUGUAUUCACUGGGAAAUUUAGACUAUAAUAAGAAAUGGGUCUCUGUUUAAGCAAAGACAAAAGGACACAGCCACGGUUCAUCAACGAUGCUGCAGGGAUACACAAUAAUAAAAGAUCCCAAGAACCAAUUAUCUACCAAUCCAAAUCCCCACCCCAGCCAGCCUACCAAUUGCCCUCCCAGCCUCCUGCACAAACCCCAAGAAAGCCUGAUGCUCCAGCACCAAGCCCAAAACCAGUCAACGGACCAGACACAAUCCUUGAAAAACCAUACGAGGAUAUCAAGUUGUUUUACAAAGUUGGGAAAGAACUGGGUAGAGGUCAAUUUGGUGUAACUCAUCUUUGUAUUGAGAUUUCAACUGGUAAGCAAUAUGCUUGCAAGUCAAUAUCAAAGAGGAAACUUGUUACCAAGAAUGAUAAGGAGGAUAUGAAGAGAGAGAUUCAAAUAAUGCAGCAUUUGAGUGGACAACCUAAUAUUGUCGAGUUUAAAGGUGCUUAUGAAGAUAAGCAAUCUGUGCAUCUUGUGAUGGAAAUAUGUGCAGGAGGUGAGUUGUUUGAUAGGAUUAUUGCUAAGGGACACUAUAGUGAGAAGGAAGCUGCUACCAUAUGCAGGGCCAUUGUCAAUGUUGUGCAUGCCUGUCAUUUUAUGGGUGUGAUGCAUAGGGAUCUUAAGCCUGAAAAUUUUUUGCUCUCUAGCAAGGAUCACAAUGCCCUUUUAAAAGCAACUGAUUUUGGACUUUCAGUUUUCAUCCAAGAAGGAAAGGUAUAUCGUGAUAUAGUUGGAAGUGCAUAUUAUGUUGCUCCUGAAGUAUUACGGCGCAGAUAUGGAAAGGAGAUGGACAUUUGGAGUGCAGGAGUCAUUCUGUACAUCUUGCUUAGUGGUGUACCUCCAUUUUGGGCAGAAACAGAGAAGGGCAUAUUUGAUGCCAUUCUAAAAGGAGAUAUUGACUUUGACAGUCAGCCAUGGCCAUCAAUAUCAAGUAGUGCCAAGGACCUGGUCAGCAGGAUGCUGACACAGGACCCAAAGAAAAGAAUUACUUCUGCUCAAGUUCUUGACCAUCCAUGGCUCAAGGAAGGUGGAGAGGCCUCAGAUAAGCCAAUUGAUAGUGCAGUCCUUUCAAGGAUGAAGCAAUUCAGAGCAAUGAACAAGCUGAAGAAAAUGGCAUUGAAAGUCAUUGCAGAAAAUCUUUGUACUGAAGAAAUUCAAGGACUUAAGUCGAUGUUUGCAAACAUUGACACUGACAAUAGUGGCACCAUCACCUAUGAUGAACUAAAAGCUGGAUUAGCUCGACUCGGAUCAAAACUUACAGAAGCCGAAGUCAAGCAGCUUAUGGAGGCAGCUGAUGUUGAUGGUAAUGGGACAAUAGACUAUAUCGAGUUUAUCACGGCGACAAUGCAUAGGCACAGGCUAGAAAGAGAUGAACAUCUUUACAAAGCCUUUCAAUAUUUUGACAAGGAUAAUAGUGGGUUCAUCACGACGGAUGAGCUAGAAACAGCCAUGAAAGACUUUGGAAUGGGUGAUGAUGAAACAAUCAAAGAGAUAAUAUCUGAAGUCGACACGGAUAAUGAUGGUAGGAUCAACUACGAAGAGUUCUGUACGAUGAUGAGAACGGGAAACCAGCACCAAGGCAGGCUCUUCUAAAUGGACGAGAUUUGUUACUAUUUCUGACGCGAAUGUCAAUUGAAGGGGGAUGUAGAAAAUCUUAAGCCACUUCUAUAGUUUUUUUUUAAUUUUUUCCCCUAUCACAAUACUUCCAGAAUAUUUAAAAUAAAGAGUUCCCUUAGUUUAGAAGUGGGACUUUUUUUUUUUGGAAAAAAUAAGAGUUGUGCAUAUUGUGGUAUUA